AUUGGUGGAAUCUUUGGAGAAGGCAGUGGCAGUUGGCGAUCGACCGUUUGUUGUGCACCGCUAGUAGGCCUUAGAUCAGUUUUGUCAUUCUGUCACUUCUCAACAGUAAAGUGAAGUAAAAUACUAUCGAUUAUGUUCGUGAUUUAGUGUUGUGCGUGCUCUAUUGUUUUUCUGUGAAGUAAAGAUAAUCUGCCGUAGCGUCUUAUUGUAAGAUUUCGAUAUGCUGACGAGCCAGUCCAAACAUUUCCUCCACUGCCUUCUGUUCUUCACUCUUAUUGUGUUUUUUGAGCUUUUUACUGGCGGUGUAAAACUAACGUCCGAUCGUGAACUAAACUUUGAUCCAUGGGAAAGAUACGGAUAUUUGGGUGCUUUUGUGCUGUACAUGCUUCGAUUGUUAACGUUCCUCUCACUGCCCCAGGUCCUCUUGAAUUUUGCAGGACUCACACUGUACAAUGCCUUCCCAGACAAAGUUGUGUUAAAGGGUUCACCUCUUUUAGCCCCUUUUAUUUGUAUCCGAAUAGUAACUCGAGGUGACUACCCUCAGUUAGUUCGUGCUAAUGUUGAAAGGAACAUGGCAGUAUGUACACAAGCUGGACUGGAAAACUUUCUUAUUGAAGUUGUUACUGAUAAAUCUAUCAACUUACCAAUUCAUAGACGAACACGAGAAGUAGUAGUUCCUCCAACAUAUAAAACUAAAAGUGGGGCACUUUUCAAGGCACGAGCCCUUCAGUAUUGUUUAGAAGAUGGUGUCAACGUUUUAGUUGACAAUGACUGGAUUGUACACUUAGAUGAGGAAACACUUCUCACUGAAAAUUCAGUUCGUGGAAUUCUUAAUUUUGUACUUGAGGGAAAACACCACUUUGGCCAAGGACUAAUUACAUAUGCAAAUGAACAUGUUGUGAACUGGGUGACUACGUUGGCAGACAGCUUCAGAGUUGCUGAUGAUAUGGGGAAGUUACGAAUGCAGUUUUCAAUGUUUCACAAGCCUCUACUCAGCUGGAAAGGAUCUUAUGUUGUUACUCAGGUGGGAGCUGAGCGGCAAGUUUCCUUUGACAAUGGGCUCGAUGGAUCUGUGGCGGAGGACUGUUUCUUUGCAAUGAGAGCAUUCCAGAAAGGCUUUUCCUUUGCUUUUGUUGAUGGUGAAAUGUGGGAGAAGUCACCAUUUUCCCUGUGGGAUUUUGUACAACAACGAAAGAGGUGGCUACAAGGCAUACUGCUGGUGGUGCAUUCAAAACAGUUGGCUAUCAAAAACAAGAUCCUGCUGGCAAUUUCCUGCUACUCCUGGGUGACCAUGCCUCUGUCCACCUCCAACAUCGUGUUGGCAGCUUUAUGCCCCAUCCCUUGCCCUGCGAUCAUGGACUUUCUCUGUGCUUUCAUUGGAGCUGUCAAUAUCUAUAUGUACGUCUUCGGAGUCGUUAAGUCCUUCUCCCUCUACCGCUUCGGUCUACUACGGUUCACACUAUGUAUUUGUGGAGCGCUGUGUACCAUCCCGGUCAAUGUGUGCAUUGAAAAUGUUGCUGUUAUAUGGGGACUUUUUGGUAAUAAACAUAAAUUUUAUGUUGUUAAUAAGGAGCUAAGGCCGCCAGUCAGUGUGUAGUCCAGUUUAGUUUCCCAUUCCAUUGGCACAAAGUCACCCUUUCAUCAAUCCACCACCACGGCUUUGUUUAUCUGACUACACAGGGUAACUAUUAUGUUGUUUUGUUUAAGUUGUUAUUCAUUGUAAAAUACUCGAGACUGAUUUUAUAUAUUUUUUUGUAAAUAGUUUAUUAUUCAUUAUAUAUUUACAAUUUUGUUUUCAACAUGACAAUUUUAGCCAUCAUUUUCAGCGUCAUAAGUAUUUCUGUUUUCAUUGUAAAGUACUGAAAUAAAAAUUAGAUAAAAUGAUAUUAUGAAAGAUAAUUGUUAUAUUUUUAAUUCUUUGUAUAUUAACACAAUAUGUUUAAGAAAAUUAUUCUUAAAAUACAGUAAAUUUCAGGAAAGAUUUUACCAAUUUCUAUAAAAAAAUAUGGAGUUCAUUAAGUUAUUAUCAUUCCAAUUUGGUGGUGUCACAAUUAUUUAGAAUUUUUCACUAAUAUAAAGUUAAAAUUUUUCCUAUGAUUCUUCCAUAAGUGUUCCACCCAAGUCAGAUCAACAUGGACCUGUUCUGUUAUUAGUACUUAUCUGCCAUUGAAUGUAAGCGGAGCUCCUCGAACAAAACAAAGCUGAGAGAUCGGUGGGCAGUGUGAGUGUGUGUGUACGUCUUGUAUAUAAGUGUCAUCAUAAUAAUGUAAUAACAUUCAUUUUGUAAUGUUACACAGUGUUAUUUGUAUAAUUUUCUGCGUAUUAGAUUUUCUAAUUUAUUUAUAUAUUAAAGCUUAGGUACUUAAAUAAUCCUAAGCAGCAUGACUAUUAAGAUCUUUUUUAAAUAAAACAUUGUAUUUGUUUGCUUUAGCAAGAUAAAAUUCUUUUAAUUGAUUAUAUUUUUAUUUAUUUUGGAUAUAUAUCUAGAAAAUAUCUGUAUAUUAUGGGCAGAAUCAAUAAUAAAUUAGAUGGCAGAAAGGGUAGGCACAUACUUGGGUAACUCAAAUGUGAGAAAGUUGUAUUUAUUGGUGUUCUUAUAGACUCUGCCCAUUAUUUCAUUUCCUUUCAUGUAAUAAAUAAUGUGGUCAAGAAAGAUAAGGUCAAGUAAACAUGUGUUUUUACAAGAGUAGAUUUUAACUUGUGAGAAUAACACAGCUAUAUAUUAUUGACCUCCUCCAAAUGUGAGCUACAAAGAUGAAGCAGCUUAUUGAUAAUAGUCUGUGUUUGUUUAAUUACAAACCCCUACAAGUACUAUCAUUCACUCAUCCACUCACUGUAAACUCACUUCAAUAAAAAAUGUAUAUAAAUACUUAUAUUAUGUUGUUUACGUCUAUGUGAUAACAAUAGAACUUUUAGUUCACAAAAUUAAAUACAACUAAAAUUUUUAUUUUUUAAAGUUGGUGUUUGGAUAUAUAUCAAUAAACAAUAGUUUUACUUUUAAAUAGACAUAAAAAUCAUGAUUUUUAAUAAUGUUAAUUUCUAAAUUUAUUUUAAAAAUACAAAAUUGCCAUUUUUAUUUGCAGUAUUUUAGUGCAACUGAGGAGGGGGGCCUUAUAUAGCUUUCAACCCAUGCAUUGUCAUCAUUCGGUUGAUCCUGAAUUUUAUUUCUUGUACAGGAUCUUCCACUUAGCCAAAUUGGAGAGAAGGAAGAAUAAUUUGAGUUUGUUUUAUUGAUUGACCUUCAACUUCCUUGUCAUUUUUAUUUAAACGUAUUAAGGAUAUAGUUUUAUAUUUUAAAUUCAAUAGCACUGCUGUAAAAUCAAUAAAUUGUUAAUUGUUCACUAUAUAAGAAACAAGUCAGCAACAGUAAUAAUUAUUGUAUUUGAAUAUUUGUAACAUCAACAACUAUUUGUAACAAAAUUAUUUUCUUUAAGAGAAUAGAUUUAAUUUAUCAUCAGGAAUGUAUUAGGAAUUAUAAAAGUCUUCUAACUGUAUAAUUACAAUGCAUCUAUAAAAAAGUUAACAAUCUCCAUACAGGCUUGGUGCCUUCAAUUAAAAUAUUAAAAUAGAUUUAUUUUCCAUUUUUUAAUGGAAGCGAACAAACUCAAAACCUAAAAAUAACAAGUGCUAAAAGAAAACAAAUACCAUUUAUAUACAUAUGUUUAUUUCUGAACCUCUUAUUGCCUGAGGUGUUAUUGUGAUAUAUUAUUAGAAUUUUAUAAAUGUCUACAAUGAGGAAUUUUAAGUUUCUAGUAGGAAGUGCCAGUAUAUGAUCUAAAGUACUAGAAUAUGGACACUCUGAUAUAACAGUUUCUUCUAAUGCACUAGUUUUCUUAGUAUGUACUGUACUAGUACCUGUACACUUGCAAUGGCUGUAUUAAAUGCUCCAAAAAUGAUAAAUUUGUGGCUAAUCACUUUCAUCUCUUAAAUAUAAAACUAUUUAUAUCUGACCUUGAUACUUUGUAUUCUUCCUCUUUAUUCAUGAAACUAUCAAAUCAAGCUCAGUUCUAUUUAAUAUAUGAUAUUGUAAUGUAUCUUCUUAAACAUAAAGUAUUGCAGCCUAUUGUUCAUGGAAUAUAUUAGAUAUAGGAUUUUGUUCAAGUUACAUUGACAUAUAUAUUGAUUGUGUUGUUUUAUUAAUUUUUAUUUUAGUUCAUACAUUUUUCUCUGCUAGUUUAGAUAUUUUAUUAUCAAGAUAAUGGUACAGCUUUAAAAUUGCGGAUGUUGUUAUCGAUAUUACUUCUUAAAAGUUUGGUAUUGCCAUAAGAACUCUUUAUAAUUAAGUCUAUCAUGAAUUUGUCAUUUGUAAAAUUGUAAUUUGAGCAUUUUUUUCUUAUUUUCCUUAGGAACAAAAGCACUUUUUCAUGUUAUUGCUUGGUAUAUGUGUAUAUAUAUAUAUGAAUCAUAGUUGGAACAAAGUAAACUGCGUCAACUCUCUGUUGUUAUGAGCAGAGGAAUGUAGGAAAAUGUAUUAGAUUUAGUAUUUAUUUGCUGCGUUAUAAAAACGGGUCCACAGGUUAUAAGACAGUAUAAUUUCAUAGCUAAAUAUAGUGGAAAUAAUUUUUUAGCUUAAUUUGUAAAAUGUGAAUAAGUAACCAUGACACUUGAAAAUCUUAACAAGACAUUUUCUAAAAAUUGCUACUUUAUGGUAGAACAUUUAAAAUUAUUUGUUAGUAUUAACACUUCAAGGGUUUUAUCUUUUUCUAAUAAACUUCUUUUAUCCUUCAAAAAAAGUAUUAAAAAUAUUGGUUGAAUAUAAUUGGCUGAGUAUUAGCAAAGCCUAUCACUUGAGAGGCUGGACAUAUUUAAUUUGUCUGUCUAUCCACACUUAUCUCGAAAACGAACUGACCUACUUUAAAUUUUAUUUGAAGCUAACUUCUAUAUAGGCAACACUGAGUUCAUUGAUAAUGCAUGUUACUCCAUGGAAUUUGGUUGAGUGUUUUACAGAAUACUUUUACAUUGGUUUUAUGGUCAAACAGUUAGUUAAAGCUAAUAUUCUAGUUUUUUUUAAAUGCAUUUAUUAGCUGCCAAAUUUGUACAAGUUUUCUUUUUAGCAGUGUAUUCAAUUUAAAAUUUAAAGAUUACAAAAUAUCAACUAUUUGUGGUUUAUUUUGUUACUAAUUGUUUUAUAUUAUUCCAAUUUGUUUGAAUCAUAAAUGUUAAGAGAAAAAGUAUUAAAAUUGUAAUAUUAACUCUCCUAUUUAAUUAGUUUAGUAAAAUUGAUCAUUUAGACUUAAGCCUUGUUAGCUUGCUCACCUUUAAGAAUAUGCUAUCUAAUUAUUUAUGGGUUAGUUUGGAUAUUAAUCAUGUUUAAAGCACACAUAAAACAUAUACUUAUAUCAUCUCUACUUUUUGCUAAGAGAAAUUAAUUUGUACAAGUAUUGUACAAGUUUUUUUCCCAUGACUUAUUAGAAGUUAAUGAAACUUAUUGUUUAAUGCUUUUGAAAUUAAAGUUCAUGAAUAAGUCAUUUUCAACAAUUUAUUCUUUAUAUUAUACAAGUAAAGCGUUCUUAAAUGUUUGGUACAUUUUACCCUUAUUAAUCUUUUAUUGCCUGACAUAUGUUUCAGCGAAUAAUGCCAGUCACAGUUAAAUUGGUCACAUCACGGUGUUCCGUGGACUCAUAGAUUUUAUACUUUAGUGUGCACAGUGACUGAGAUAUGCUGCAAAGCUUAAUUCACUUAGAUUUUGCCAGAAAUGUUUAUCUAUGAACCAUGAACAGCUUGAUUAGUUUGUGAAUAUGAAGCUUUAUAUGCAUGACGGAUUUGCUUUAAUUAGUUAAAUAGUAGAUUUUCCUUUUUUAUUAACAUGAGUUAAGAAGUUAUUUUCAGCAGAAACUGCUUUUUACUUCAGGUCACCAUUAUGCAAUCCUAUUUAAUAAUUUUUAAUUGUGGAUUGUGCAAGCUUUAUGCUGUCUGUCUUCUUUUAUCCAGCUGUUCGUUAUCUGCACAUCAAACUUUAAAACUUGAGUUGUUGUAUAAUGGUCGACUAUAGUGGUUUUAAAUUUCAGUAAUAGCCUUUUAGAUUAAAAUAAAAGUUUCAAAUUGUUUUAUGCUUUAAGAACGUUCUUCAGAACUAACGUGAUAGCCAUGAAUUUGUCAUGAAAUUGUAGAUAUAGAAUGAUUGCAUAGCCAUUUGCUAAUUCUUGUCAUAUUAGCCUAUUAAAACUAUGUCCCCAAAAAGUAUUCUUAGGUAAUAAUUUUGAAGUUGCAAUUUAAAGCAAAAUAAUUUGUUUACAUUUUAUCAUGCUGUAUCUAUAUUGUAUUUAGUUUAUAAAUUAUAGUAUAUAAUAAGAGGUGUAAACAAAUUUUACCUUGAAAUAUAAGAGAACCUGUUUUAAUAUAACUUUA